CUUUCUUUAGGGAGUGGAAAAAGUCUCGAGCCUACAGCAGGUGGGAGGUGUAAUAACUGCUGCGAGCCACUUCCUGGUAUCAUCUGACACGGCUUGUUUCAGCUCACAGGACACGAAAGCCUGUGCAACAGAUAUGGGUGUGUUAACUCUUCAGCUUUUGGUAUGUGGCCAACUAUUAUUGUCUUCGGUGGCUGCGGAAAACAAAACAGGUCAAAUUAUCAAGUCACCAUCAAUGACGACCAACACGUCACAGAUCACACCUUCUGCAACUGCUGAAUCUCUGAAAACAACAGGAAACUAUACUGAAAACAAUGUCUCGACGCCAUCAAGUCAUUUAAUACAAGAUUCUCCGACAACCUCAGCUACCCCGAUGACUCCUGCUAGACCCCAGAACAUGACUUCAGCCCCUGAACAAACAAAUGCAACAGUCUCCGGAUCAACGGUGAAGCCAAACGUGACAACAACAACACAGCUUUACAACACGACCAAAACAAGCACCUCAUCACCGACAACAGUCAAUGUUAGUACAACAAUCACAUCUCAAAACAACACCACUUACAGCAGUACCACAGUAUAUACAACAUCAAACACGUCGCCAACCACAAAACCGACGGAGAAAACUUCAACCACUCUUACUCAAAACAACUCAACUGAUAUCAAUAAAUCUUCAGUCGGUCUGAGUAGUUCAGAGAAAUCUCUGACUGUUUUAUUUAGUGCUCUGCUUGGUUUAAUUGUCCUGAUAGUUCUGGUGUACUAUAUGCACAAGUAUAGAAAACGCAAUCAGACCAGGGUCCAAUAUUCUCAUCGCCGUCUUCAAAGCGAGGAUACAGGAGAGCAGUUUGCUGGGGCAGAUGACACGCUGGUCAUUUCAGGAGGACUUUAAGAUGGCCCUCAGAUUUACAACCCCACCAUGACAGUACAAAAUGAAGAAGACUUUCAGACCGACGCAUCUGGAUUUGGCUACGCAUCCACUCAGUUCCGCUUGGAGUUUCUGAAAGAGGAUCAGCAAAGAGACCCUGACCGUGAUGCCUCCACCUUUCAGACAUUCCAUGCAAAUGAUCAAGAGCCUUAAAACAUCAAUGCAGAAAUAGGCCUAGUUUUAUUUUUAUAACAUUCAUUUUUAAAACAAACUGAAAACAUUACUUUUACUUGAAGCUUUCAUAGUAUAUGAAAAAUUGAGUUUUAGCCUAUUCAAUUAAUUUUCAAUUAAGUUAAAUAUGAAUGAAAUAAGCUCAUAGACUAAUGAAGUUACAGUUACAGAAGAACAAAAACAAUCAGAACAUAAAUAAAAUAUCAAAAUUAGUAACAUUCAGCUACAAUGAAAUUGAAUUAAGAGAAUGAAUACAAUGAAGUGUACUGAGAACUAGAAUCAUUUUAAAGAAAUAGAACAAUCUUUUUUUUGCUGCAAAACAUCAAGCAAAUAUUUUCUCGUUUAUUUUUUUCUUUUUCUUAUCUGAACUGCUAAUGCUAGUCCAUCCAGCAUCUCGCAUUCUCUUUAUGGCUGCCAAUUUCAGAGCUGUUCCUGGAGACUUGCACACACCAGAACUCUGCACCUGCGCAACACGACAACAACAUUACAUUCGAGAACUUGACGGCAUAAAAUUCGGACUAAAUUCUGUCGAAUUUGAAUGUUCACCUUUUUGAACAUGUCCGUACUCCCUGAUACUGGGUCUUUUGGCAGCAUCGGUUUCUUUGUUUUAAGAGGUCUUGGGGAGAAACUCUGCACAUCAGACAAAAAGAUGGUUAAAAAAGAAACCACAAAUCUACGCAU